AGUUAUUAUGGACAUCUUCUCUUGAUACGCUCCUAUUAAACCAUCAACUAUGGCUGUUUCAAAGGCCAACAUUAUUCUGUGGUGUACAGGCAUAGCAUUUGUGAUUUUACCUCACUUGAAUCUGGGAAUGUUGUCCGACUACAAGAUCUGUGGAGACUCUGAAUGUGAAAGCCUGAUGAGUAGAGUGCAGGCCAUCAGGGACCACCGUGGUAAGGACUGUCGUUUCCUUAGCUUUAGACGAGGAGACACCAUCUUUGUUUACCACAAACUGACUGGAAGAAGGAACAAGCUCUGGGCCGGCAGUAUUGACAAACAGUUUGGCUAUUUCCCAAAGGAUGCCGUGCAAGAGGAGCAGGUUUAUGCUACUAAGGAGAACAUAGUGGAAACACAGGAAUCUGAUUUCUUCUGUAUGGAUGAGUAUGGUUACCCCAUUGACUCUAGUCAUCUGGACAGUGAUGAGGAGGAUGUUGAUCAGAACAUACAAAACCAGGAGUCUGAAAGCACCCAAACCACACCAUACAACGAUGACACAAAUACUGAAAGUCCUUCAACACCUGCAGUUGUUUCUACAGAAUUUCCAAUCUCAGCACAGGAAGAGGACGAAAAUAAAAACGCUGGGGAUGCUGGCGAUGCCGGGACUCAAGAGGAAGUACAGGAGCCUCCAGGAACUCUGAAGGAACAAGCCGAGGCCAGCUGUGUCGGUGAAUCCUGUUCAACUCGCAUCAAAGAUAAGGAUCAGACAACUGAGGAAGAUUUGUCUGUAGGCCUGGAUGACAACGCUCAAAGAGAUGAUUGGAUGAAAGUUGAUAAGGAGAAUGGAAGACUGAGUGGAGAUACAGGAAAUGAGAUGUCGACUGAGGAUGACAGAAAAGCAGAGAAGGGACAAAGAGGGGAAGAAGAGAGAGUGAAAGAGAAUCAGCCAGGAUCACCACAGCCUCUAGAAGGGAUAAUGAAGCACAUUUUGGAUUUAGUUCAUCAGAUCGCUGAAGACUCAACCACUCAUGUUCAUGCAGUGGAGGAGCUCCUUAUAUGGCUUAUUGUACAGGUUGUAUUGGCACUGCCUGAUGACAUCAGACCCGGGCCAGACCUGUACGGGUUGCCGUGGGAACCGGUCAUCGUGUCCGGUCUGGUGGGGCUGGUGACGAUGCUGCUGUUCACCUGUAGAUUGUACAGCUCUGUCAAAAGCAGAAUGUAUCGAAGUAGAGAGCGGAGGAUGGGUGAGCAGGUUACGCAGCUCCUGGAUGAGAAGUGUAAAGUCCUGGAGACUCUCAGCAAAUGUCAACAAGAGUACGAUGAGGUGGAGAGCUCUCUGAGGGACAGUGGAGUCUUGGCACAGACUCAGAAGACAGAAGAGCUCGAGGUCAAAGCCAGGCAGUUGGAAGAAUCUAAAAGGGAGCUGGACAGAGAUCUGGAAGAACUGAAGGAGCAACUGGAGCAGCAUAGAGAACACAGGAUAGAGCAGGAAAAAAGGAUAGCAGUGCUUGAAGAGAGCAUGACAACAUUUGAAGAAGAAACCAAAGACCUCCAGUCACAGGAAGAGCAGGCACAGACCACUCUGAAGGUGUACAGCAUGAACAGUGACAGACUGCAGAGGAAUCUGGAAACAGCCGGAGAGGAGAACACACUGAUGCGGGAGAGCAACGCUCAGUUGAGGCAGCAGGUGGAGGGGUGGGCAGAGAGAGUGAGUGAGCUGGAGGCGGAUAUGAGCCGGUGUGAGGUGGCUCACAGCGGGAUGCUGCAGGACGUCGCCACCAAGGACGAGCGCAUCAUGUCUUUGACAGAUCGCCUGCUGAGUAUGAAAGCUUGGGAUUCAGAACUGGAGGAGGGGGAAGGUGAGGAAGGAGGAGAGAAGGAGACGUCCAACGGUACAGCCCAGAACGGAAAAGGAGACACACAAGGCCAUCUGCAGAAAGUCCAGAAACUCAUCUACGCUGCUAAGCUGAAUGCAGACCUCAAAUCUGUCGAUGAAGACAAGGACAGAUUAUUUGCCAAACUGGACGAUGAAGUCAAAGCUAAAGAAGACCUGCAAGUGAGCAUUAAGGAGAUGGAAAGUGAGAAGUCCUCUCUGCAAUCAGAAGCUGAGACAUACUCGGAUCAGGUCCAAAGAUUACAACAGAAACUCCAGAUUAUGACAGAAAUGUACCAGGAGAACGAGCUCAAGCUACACAGGCUUCUGACAGUGGAGGAGAAGGAACGCAUGCAGAAAGAAGAUAAGUUAAAUAAGGCGGACAAAAACAUUGCGAUGGCCAUGGAAGAACUUAUCAACUACAGACAACGAGCAGGAGAGAUGGAGGAAGAGCUGGAUAAAACCAAACAAUCUUACCAGACUCAGAUAUCAGCACAUGAGAAGAAAGCACACAAUAACUGGUUGGCCGCCCGAGCAGCAGAGAGAGAGCUGUCAGACAUCCGGAGAGAGAACGCCCUCUUCAGACAGAAGCUGACAGACACGCAGUUUAAACUCGACGCCCUCGACAAAGAUCCCUACGCCUUGGACAGCCUGGCUAGACCUCUGCCGUUCAGAGCUGAGAGGUCCCCAUACGGGCCCUCCCCUCUGGGACGACCUGCCUCUGAAACCAGAGCCUUCCUGUCUCCUCCCACCUUAAUGGACGGACCACCUGCUCGACUCUCUCCUAGAGUGCCUCGCGGUCCAAUGGAGCCCCCCGGGGGCCAAGGAGAGAUGGAGCGGAUCGGAGGUCCUCAUUCAGACAGCGGCUCCAUCUCUCCAACAUGGGAGAGAGAUCGCAGGGGCCCCCCACCAGGACCCCCUGGGCCACUAGGACCCCCAGGGUACAUGUUCCCUGAGCCAGGCGGUCCCAUGUACAGGAGACCUCCCCCAGGAGCCCUCGGCCCACUGCCCCCACCUGGAGCUUUCCCCCCCGGCCCUCUGCAUCCUAGGGGUCUCCCCCCCGGACCCCCUCACCCAGGGCUAGACAUGAUGGAUGGCUCCUACAGAGAGAACCACCUCGGCCCUGGGGAACAGGAGCACCGAGAGUCCGGUCCCGGUGAUCGAAGGACCCCCCCUGACUCUGAUCCAAGGAUGGGUGGACGCCCCAUGGGUCCGAUGGGCCCCAUGGACGGUCCCUUUCCUCGUCGGGCCCCCUACGGACCACCCCAUCCUGAUUUCUACCCCCCGAGGGGACCUGGGGGCCCUCCCAUGAUGCCUAUGUGGGCCCCUCUCACUCCAGGGAUGUUCCCUCCUCGUUUCCCUCCCGGUCCUGGACUCCCUCCUCUUCACUACGCUCGGCCCCUUCCACCAGACGGCCCCCCACAUCCCUCACUGGGUCUUCCCCCUCCUCAGCAGUCCCCCCCACACAGCCAGUCCCCACAGCAGCACCCCCCCUCGCCUGAAGACGCCAUCUGAGCAGGUUUUCCACUUGGAGCUGUGGGGUGUUCCUGGUUAAAAGUUAACUCAGCGGGCGGUGGAUUUCCCCUCGUUCUGAACAGACUAACCAGGAGGAUGUUUUAAAUAAAGGUUGUCAGCGCGGGGGGGGGGGAAACCAUCGGCCUUUAUGAGCCCUUUUUAUUUCUGUCUGUCCGCUGCACACUCUUCCUCCUCUCUUCUCCUCCUCUCUUCUCUUUUCUCCAGCUUUAUUCCCUGUGAACUAGUUCCUGUCGUUGUGGAGUCACAGUGGCAGCUGAAUCAGUGUGUGUGUGUUAAUGUUGCCAUGAGAACCAGCAACCAGCAACAUUUGCUUUAUAAGGGUUAAAAGCGUGCAUGUAGAAAGGCUGUGUGUGUGGGAUGUCAGAGAAUGGGAGUGUUUUUACAGAAAAAGACAUCAAGUAACAUUUCAUUCCGAGAAAAUCUAAAUUGCCCAAAGCUAUACAUUACUAUAAGAAAGAAAACAUUUGUGUUGUACUAAACCUCUAAUGACACUGAUCUUAAACUCGAUUCAAAUGAAUCCUAUCCUGUCAAGUUUUGUUUUGUCCUAAAUCUGAGAGGCGUAUACUUCCAAAAAGAUAAAUUUUCUUAAAAUAUGAUAAAGUGCAUAUCUGAAUCUCCCUCCUGUGAGGAUCGUUCCUUCAUCGACAGCUUUGAUUUCAAACAGCAGCGAGGAAUCAAUGAAAGUGACUUGUGUGUUCUGUCAGAGCGCUGUGACUCCUGCUGACCACCAGGGGGAAGGGAAGGACUGCAAGAGACAGACAAAUAACACUCAUGUGAAUUUUGUAAAAAGUGAUUAAUAAUAGAUACAAAUAAAGACUGUCAAAUGAUCAA